GUUUUUCGUGCACUGUUUCAGGGCGUCAUCUCCUGCUGAACACUUCUGACACUGAUCCUUGUAGAUGCAUGCUAUCAUGCCGAUGAGCAGUGGCCUGGCGUGGAAGAACUACGAUUACGAUUACGACUCGGUGCAGCCGUACUUCUACUUCGACACCGAUGAGGAGGACUUCUACACACAGCUGCAGCAGCAGAGCCAGGCGCCCAGCGAGGACAUCUGGAAGAAGUUCGAGCUCUUGCCCACGCCGCCGCUGUCACCGAGCCGCCGGCCGUCCACAGCCGAGCAGCUGGAGAUGGUGAGCGAGUUCCUCGGGGACGACGCGGUCAACCAGAGCUUCAUCUGCGACUCGGACUCGUCGCAGGCUUUCCUCAAGUCCAUCAUCAUCCAGGACUGCAUGUGGAGCGGCUUCUCUGCGGUCGCCAAGCUCGAGAAGGUGGUGUCCGAGAGGCUCGCGACGCUGCACGCGGCACGGAAAAGCUUAUCUUCCGCAAGUGAUGCAACGGACACCAGCAGCACCACCAGCAGCGGCAGCAGCAGCGGCGUGUAUUUACACGAUCUCAGUGCGUCGGAGUGUAUCGAUCCCUCCAUGGUGUUCCCAUACGCGCUCACCGAACCGGCAAAGUGUGCAAAGCUGCCGUCGUCUCCGGAGCACGCGCCGGCUCUAGACACUCCACCCAACAGCGGCUGCAGCAGCGAGUCAGAUGACGAAGAGGAGGAUGAAGAAGAAGACGAGGAUGAGGAAGACGACGAGGAGAUUGAUGUGGUGACAGUGGAGAAGCGUCAGAGGCGGAGCGAGACUGAGUCAAGCGAAUCCAGACAGCCCAGUCCGCUGGUGCUAAAGCGCUGCCACGUCUCCACGCAGCAGCACAACUACGCCGCCCUGCCGUCCACGCGGCACGAGCAUCCAGUCAGCAAACGCCCACGCCUCGAACCUUCCUUCACUGGCCACAGUACAAGCCGGCACAGCAAGCCACGGAAGUGCACGAGUCCGCGAGCGUCAGACUCGGAGGACAACGACAAGCGGAGGACGCACAACGUGCUGGAGCGUCAGCGACGCAACGAACUCAAGCUAAGCUUUUUCGCCCUACGUGACGAGAUCCCCGAGGUAGCCAACAACGAAAAGGCAGCCAAGGUGAUGAUCCUAAAGAAAGCAGCAGAGUGCAUUCACAGCAUGCAGGCAGACGAACGGAGGCUGCUGUCCAUCAAAGAACAGCUGAGGAGAAAAAGCGAACUAUUAAAACACAGAUUACAGCAGAUACGGAGGUCCCAGCUAUAAAAAAAAGAUGCAGAGAGACUUUUACAAAAACAAAGCAAACAGACUUUUCAAGAACCAUUUCUCCUCAAGUUUUGUAUGCAAGUUGUGCAUAUUGUGAUUUUGUUUAGUUUUUUUAUUUACUUUUGAAUAUUGUCAGAUUUUCUCUAUGUUUAAGACUGCCGCAGUUUAAAGUGGCGGUCGAGUAAAAUAAUUUGUAUUUAAGGCAUUUAUUUUUAUUAAUAAAACAACAAAACACAGGGAGUUGUAGCCCUAACAAAAUAAUUUGUAUUUUUUUUGUAUAUACUGAAUUAAUAUUUCAUAAAAAGUGUAUUUUUUGAUCUGUAUUGUCUGAGUGUUUUUCAGACAAUUUAUUUUGUUUAAAUUGUAUUUUGUUUUGCUGUAUGUUCGAACAAUUUUGAACCAUAAAUGCGUUUUUCUUUCUGAAAACAUUGUUCUGGUUUUUUUUUAUA